AUGAUGAUUCCGAGCCAAUCAUCACAGGAGCAUUCAACUCAAUUCCAGAAUGUUGGGUUCAUAGGGCUUGGGAAUAUGGGAUCAAGAAUGGUGAAUAAUCUUGUUAAAGCUGGAUUUAACGUUACAGUUCAUGACAUUAACCGUGAUGUUAUGAAAAUGUUCACGGAAAUGGGAGUCUCUACUAGAGAUACUCCUUAUGAAGUUGCUCAAGAAAGCCAAGUUGUGAUUACCAUGUUGCCUUCAUCAUCUCACGUGAUGGAUGUUUAUACAGGAAGAAAUGGGUUGCUUUAUAGAGACAACUCUAUAAGACCUGCUUUGUUGAUAGAUUCAUCCACUAUUGAUCCUCAAACCACCCGGAAAAUCUCUCUUGCUGUUUCCAAUUGUAACUUGAAAGAUAAGAGAGAUAAUUGGGAAAAGCCUGUCAUGUUGGAUGCUCCCGUCUCAGGAGGUGUCCUUGCUGCAGAAGCUGGUACACUUACCUUCAUGGUUGGAGGUCCUGAAGAUGCUUACUUAGCCGCAAGACCAAUACUUGAGUCAAUGGGCAGAACUUCCAUCUACUGUGGUGGUUCAGGAAAUGGAUCUGCUGCAAAGAUUUGUAACAAUUUGGCGAUGGCUGUAAGUAUGCUGGGUACUUCAGAAGCUCUAGCUCUUGGUCAGUCAGUUGGAAUAUCUGCCACCAUUUUAACACAAGUGUUAAACACAUCCAGUGGCCGAUGUUGGAGUAGCGAGAAAUAUAAUCCGGUUCCAGGAGUAAUGGAAGGUGUGCCCGCUUCAAGAGAUUACAAUGGCGGUUUCGCUUCCAAACUUAUGGCUAAAGACUUAAACUUAGCAGCAGCCUCAGCCGAAGAAGUUGGAUACAAGAGCGCAUUGAUAUCCAAAGCACAAGAAAUAUACAAGAAGAUGUGCGACGAUGGGCAUGAAGGAAAGGACUUUUCGUGUGUUUUCAGGCACUUCUACAAUGGCAAAGAUGAGGUCUGA